AUUGGUUGUGCGUCGUGUCACGCAUAACGUAAUGCUGACCUCUUCCGGGUCAGCGUAUAGCGCGCCAAACACUGGCAGCAACUACACAUCAUCAACCAGAUGAGCCGAUAAACGUCGUGAUUGUGUAUCCCAGGAGUUUAUAUUAACAUAUAUGAGCCAUGGAGUCUUCCAGUAAAGCACCACUGCAGUCUAGAAACCUACCCUGGGUUGAAAAAUACAGACCGCAGAAACUCGACGACCUGAUCUCCCACAAGGAUAUUCUCAGCACCAUCCAGAAGUUCAUCAGCAAGGACCGAUUUCCACACCUCUUGUUCUAUGGGCCUCCCGGCACUGGAAAAACCUCCACCAUCCUGGCGUGUGCCAAGCAGCUGUACAAGGACAAAGAGUUUAACUCCAUGGUUCUGGAGCUGAACGCGUCAGACGACCGAGGCAUCGAUGUUGUCCGAGGGCCCAUCCUGAGCUUUUCCAGCACCAGAACCAUUUUCAAGAAGGGCUUCAAGCUGGUGAUACUGGACGAGGCCGACGCCAUGACACAGGAUGCCCAGAAUGCUCUGCGGCGAGUGAUAGAGAAGUUCACAGAGAACACUCGCUUCUGCUUGAUCUGCAACUACCUCUCCAAAAUCAUCCCGGCGCUGCAGUCGCGUUGCACGAGGUUCCGCUUUGGGCCGCUCUCGCCGGAGCAGAUGAUCCCCCGACUGGAGCACGUCAUCCAGCAGGAGAGCAUCGACAUCAGGCCUGAUGGAAUGAAGGCAGUGGUCACUUUGUCAUCAGGCGACAUGAGAAGAUCCCUCAACAUCCUGCAGAGCACCAGCAUGGCGUACUCCACGGUCACUGAGGACACGGUGUACACCUGCACCGGUCACCCCCUGCGCUCGGACAUUGCCAACAUCCUGGACUGGUCCCUCAAUAAGGACUUCAACACCUCCUACACACAGAUCCUUGAGCUGAAGACGUUAAAAGGUUUGGCGCUGCAGGACAUCCUCACGGAAGUCCACCUGCUCAUCCACCGAGUGGACUUCCCUGCCUCGGUCAGGAUGGGUUUGCUCAUCAAGCUGGCCGACGUGGAGCACAGGCUGGCGUCCGGCACCAACGAGAAGAUCCAGCUGAGCUCCAUGGUGGCAGCCUUCCAAGCGGUCAGGGACCUGGUGGUCAGCGAGGCCUCGUAGCGCCGCCAAGUCAGUCAGUCUUUACCUUCCAAUAAACAAGACCGCGCUCUGUGUAAAUGAUUUUAAUAAAAGUUCUUGGCAUGCA